AUGAGUGACAAUAAGGACGAACUCAGGCGCCUAGCGCGUAGGCCCGAAAAUAAGACGUGUGCUGAUUGCGGCGCCAAAAAUCCAACAUGGGCAUCCGUUACUUAUGGCAUUUGGAUUUGCCUGGAGUGUGCUGGCAAACAUCGUGGAUUAGGUGUUCACGUUUCUUUUGUUAGAUCACUUGAUUUAGAUUCCUGGACUGAUGAGCAAAUAAACGUCAUGAAAUGCGGCGGAAAUAAAAAAGCACGUGAUUAUUUCAAAUCUAUUGGAAUUGAUGCAUUAUCAGUCUCUGCAAAAUACAAAUCUCGCGGUGCUAAACAAUAUGCAGCCCAGCUUUAUGCUGAAGCAGGUGCACAUCUUCCUGGUGAAGCUCAAUCCGAUGAAGGACCAGAACCACCAGCCGAAGAACCACCAAAACCAGAGCCAAAGGCACCACCGAGAUCCAUGUCAGCUCCUCUUUCAGAUUAUACUAUUCCUAGUAUCGAUGACGAAGAUAAACCAGAAAAAUCUCCACUUGUAGAAACGAAACCAUUGCCUAAGCGCAAACCAGCCGUCAUUAAGAAAUCAGGACCUGGUAGAUCACGUCAAUUACAGUCUAGAAAACAGAUCCGUGUUGUUUCAAGCGAAAUUGAUGUUGAUGAUUUCGAUAGCAUCUUAGAGAAUGAUGAUUUCAAGGAUAACGAUGCACUUGUCGACAAACCUAAAGUACAAUCACCAUUUGUUUCGGAUGAAAAUCCAAAUGAAGAACAAAUUUGGAGACCUCCUCCAAAAAUCAACAAAUACGGCUCAGCUGGCUCUGGCCCAGUUGAUUUCCACCCACGACAGAAUAACGCUGGCGCUGUAGCUGUUGAUGUUGUUAAACACGUCGUAUCAGACGUUACAUCGGCAGUUUCAACAGGUGUUAGCGCUGUUGCUAGCGCUGCAUCUCCAUACGCUACUGCAGCUUACGACAAAGGAAAGGAAAUUGCCGGCGCGGUUUACAGAUAUUUCAACCAAAAGUAA